UAAAUGAGAGGAUCUCGGGCCAUGGAGCUACCAGAAGACUUCUGGAUACCUGUUCCCCUGGACACCAACAACAUCACGGCAUUGAGUCCUUUCCUGGUUCCACAGGACCACCUGGGGGACGUGUCCCUCUUCUAUGGCAUGGCAGGAUUCAUGUUCUUCAUAUUUAUCUUUGGCACUGCCAUUAACGUCCUCACCAUUGCCACCACUAUCCAAUACAAGAAGCUCCGAUCCCACCUUAACUACAUCCUGGUGAACUUGGCUGUGGCAAACCUCCUUGUGGCCGGCGCGGGCUCCUUCACUGCGUUCGUCUCAUUUUCAGCCAGAUAUUUCGUCUUUGGAACACUAGGAUGCAAGGUUGAAGGUUUUUUGGCAACGAUUGGAGGUAUGGUGAGCCUGUGGUCUCUCGCUGUGGUAGCGCUUGAAAGAUGGCUGGUCAUCUGCAAGCCACUUGGUCAGUUUAUUUUCAAGCCUGACCAUGCUUUAGCUUGCUGUGCAUUAACCUGGGUGUUUGCACUGAUGGCUGCACUUCCUCCACUUUUCGGCUGGAGCAGGUACAUCCCAGAAGGCCUGCAGUGCUCCUGUGGUCCAGACUGGUACACCACAAACAACAAAUACAACAAUGAAUCCUACGUCAUGUUUCUCUUCGGAUUCUGCUUUACUGUGCCCUUCACCACCAUCGUCUUCUGCUACUCUCAGCUCCUCAUUACGCUGAAAAUGGCAGUGAAGGCCCAGGCAGAGUCUGCCUCCACCCAGAAGGCGGAGCGGGAGGUGACCAAGAUGGUGGUCAUCAUGGUGUUGGGCUUCCUGGUGUGCUGGUUGCCUUACGCCUCCUUUGCUCUCUGGGUUGUGAACAACCGUGGGCAAACCUUCGAUCUAAGAUUGGCGACCAUACCUUCCUGUCUCUCGAAGGCCUCUACAGUCUACAACCCUUUCAUCUAUGUUGUCUUCAAUAAACAGUUUCGUGCAUGCAUGAUGGAGAUGAUGGGUAUGGGUAGUGGAAGUGACGAAGAAAGCUCAACAUCAAAAUCAGUGACUGAAGUCUCCAAAGUUGGUCCUGCUUAG